AGCUGGAGGCAUUAGGAUCAGCUCAUACGCGGGAAAUCCACCCAGCGCUCAACGAUGCCGGCUGUAGGACGCUCUUUGGCUCUGAAUCCGUCAUGGCGAUAGCCCCUACAAGGUGAUCUCUUCGCUCAUUAGCUACCUGCGAUGGCCUUGAGAGGUCUGUGGCUCAUCAGCCACGAACAAGAUGCACGCGGAACUGUGCUCUUUUCCAGGCGUUACCCCACCGUCGAAACGCGAGCAAAACGCUUCAAUGGGGACAGCUACGUGGCCGUCCCAGAAGACGGCCCGUUCCUGAAAGCGCUGCUCUUCGAGCUGAGACUGACGGGCAACGAGCACGGCUUCACCGAGCGUCAAGACGGCUGCGCCCGGAUCAACAAGACCUCCGUCUACGCGCUCCAGACCGAACGCGGCGACCUCUGGCCCGUCGUGGCCUUCCAAAAAAGCGGGUCGAUCUACGCCGCCAUCCCACUGGUCGAGCAGUCCUUGAACCCGCGCCCGGCCCUCGUCAGCAUUAGCGGGAUCUCCCAGGCCUUCGGCCUCUUGUCGGGGCUGCUGGCCUUCCUGAACUCCAGCCAGAAGAACGAGGCCGAGCGGAGCGCCAAAGUCAGCCAGCUCCCGGGCUUGGUCACGCAUUCCUGUCCGCUCGGCACCCCGCUCGAGACUAACCUGAGCGCCUCGUUGUCUGAAAUCAGUCCCUUCCCUCCCGGUGGCCACCCCCAGAAACUGCCCAGCUGGAGAAGCUGCCCGUACAAAGGGAAGCCACAAGUUAAUAUCUGUAUCGUUGAAAAAGUCAAGUCUGUGCAGUACGACAAAAGGGACGUGGCGGACACAUGGCAGGUGUACGGAGCCGUAAGUUGCAAGUGCGACGUGGAAGGCGCCGCUCCCAACGUGUCGGUCAGCUUGAACCUCCCUGCCAACGGCUCCCCGCUCCAGGAUAUCUUGGUCCACCCUUGCGUCACCUCCCUCGACUCGGCCGUCCUCACAAGCAGCAGCGUCGAUGCUGUGGAUGACUCAGCUUUCAGCGGGCCUUACAAGUUCCCUUUGACCCCACCUCCGGACCAGUUCACUCUCUGCUAUUAUACUUCCCAGGUGCCAGUUCCACCAAUUUUAGGGUUUUACCAGUUGAAAGAAGAAGAAUCGCAGUGGAAGUUAACGGUGCACCUGAAGCUUCAUGAGAGCGUGAAAAACACUUUCGAGUACUGCGAGGCCCGCAUUCCCUUUUUCAAUAGGGGCCCGAUCGCCCACUUGGAGUACAAAAUCACCUACGGCCAACUCGAGGUGUCGAAGGAGAAGAGCUUGCUGGUUUGGGUCAUCGGGCAGAAAUUCCCCAAGUCGUUGGAAAUUUCCCUGACCGGAACGGUGGCGUUUGGGCCCGCGAGUCAACAGCAAGCGGCUGAUCCCGUAUGCACCGGAAGCACCGCCUACGUCAAACUUUAUUUCAGGAUCCUGGAUUUCACGCUGACCGGCUGCUACACGGACCAGCAUUCCGUCCAGGUCUUCGCUGCCGGCAGACCAAAGAUCAGUGCAGCCCGAGAAGUGCUUUCUUCCGAUUACUACAUCUGGAAUUCCAAAGCCCCGGCGCCUGUCGUGUAUCGAACGUUGCUUUUCUAAUUCCGACUCCGUUUUGUACCAGAACAAGAAAAGAUGAAUUUGCAGAAAUAUUUUUAACCCGCGUAUUUAAGGCCUCCGGUGGGUUGUUUGAGGGAUGGGACACAAAUUACCUGAAUUUCAAUAAAAAUAUAUUU